UCAACCAGGAAACAUCUUUGAAAUAAACAAAGUAACACUAACUGACUUCAGCUGUGUCUGUGUGAACAAGAUGGAGAAGCUGAUGAUACUGCUGCUCCUCUGCCACGAAGCAUCUACAGUCAAACACUCGUUGAGGUUUCACGCCAUGAUAUCUUCUGGAAAUCCAAACAUCCCUGAUUAUAUGGCUGCGGCAAACUUUGAGGAAGUUGAGAUGGCGUACUAUGACAGCAACAUGAAAACACCAGAACCCAGACACGCCUUGAUGAGAAUAUUAAUAGAGAUUGAUCGACAUGACUGGGAAGGGAUUUCUAAGGACGGCAUAAAUCAUGAGCAUCUCCUCAGAGUGCAAACAGACAGUUUCAAGCAGCACUCAAACCAAACUGGAGGUGUUCACAUCAUCCAGCAGAUGUUGGGCUGUGAUUGGGAUGAUGAGACUGAGAAGGUUAUAGGUUAUAAUCAAUAUGGUUAUAAUGGGGAAGACUUCCUCACAUUUGACCUGGAGACAGAGACGUGGAUCGCUGCAAACCCCCAGGCUGAAACCACUAAACAGGAGUGGGAUGGAAAUACAGCUAAUAAUAAGCAUUGGAAGAACAUCAUCAUCAACGUUUAUCCUUUCUGGCUGAAGAAGUAUUUGAUCUAUGCAAGUGGUUUUCUGGGUAGACCAGAGCUUCCCUCAGUGUCUCUCCUCCAGAAGACUCCCUCCUCUCCAGUCAGCUGCCACGCUACAGGUUUCUACCCUCACAGAGCUGUGAUGUUCUGGAGGAAAGAUGGAGAGGAUCUUCAUGAGGACGUGGACCAAGGAGAGAUCCUCCCCAACAAUGAUGACACCUUCCAGGUGAGAGUUGACCUGGACAUUUCAUCAGUCACACCUGAAGACUGGAGGAGGUACGACUGUGUGUUUCAGCUCUCUGGAGUGAAGGAGGACGUCGUCACCAAACUGGACAAAGCAGUGAUCAGGACCAAUGAAGUUCCUCCCUCUGAGUUUCCUGCUGCUGCUGCUGUCAGUGGAGUUGUUGUAGGACUGCUGCUCCUGGCUCUCUGUGGACUCUUCAUCUGGAGAAGGAAACACAAUGGGUUCAGACCUGCAAACACUUCAGACUCUUCAUUUCCAUUGGAUGCAGCUUCUAACUGAUCACAGUGAGAUGUCAGAUGUGCAGAAAAAGAGACGAGCUCAGUCAUAAAAUGUUACCGAAGAAAAUCAGAAGAGGAAAGUCGACUGCAGUGAAGUUACAGUGGCAUUAGUUCACAGUGUAAAUAUCCAUGUGCUGUGGUUAAAGGGUUUUGAAAAGUGUGUGUCAGUUCUCCUGAUGCUGAUGAUUAGAAAUGAUCUCUGAUCUGUGAAGUAGAUCAAGGCUUGAAUGAUGUUUAACCAUCGAUUACACCAGAUAUCAGACGUCAUGAUUAGACAUUUAACCAGGAAUGUUAAUCAUCUGUGCUGUAACCUGUUAAUCUACUUUAAUCAUUUAAUAAUAAAGAAAACUUUCUCUGAGCUGCUGUUACAAUCACUUUAUUUCUGUUGCUUUUAUUUCAAGUUGUUCAAAUACGUAUAUGUGUGUAUCUGUCUUUGAUGAAUAAAGUUCUGAUGGAAGUGAUGAAGGAAAUGGCUCCAUGUCUAUUUG